UGCGUGGUCAUCUGAAUGCAAGAGGUGUGCGUGUUCCAAUCUCAAGACUGCAAGAGUCUUUACGCAGAGUUGAUGCAGAGGGAGUCUACAUGAGACGUCUAAGACUGCGUGUAUUAAGACGACGGCAGUAUUCUGUUUCUGGCCCAAACUCUUUAUGGCAUAUAGAUGGCAAUCAUAAGCUCAUCAGGUGGAGAUUUGUUGUCCAUGGUGGGGUGGAUGGAUUCAGUCGUUUAGUCGUCUACCUGACUGUGGCUGGCAAUAACAGAGCUAGUACGGUCUUACGGAGCUUUAUCGCUGCUGUUGAGCAGUACGGGCUGCCAUCAAGGGUACGGUCUGAUAAAGGGGGCGAGAAUGCAGAUGUAGCAGAAUUCAUGAUCAGGAGCAGAGGUACCGACAGGAAUUCGCACAUCACAGGCAGAAGUGUCCACAAUCAACGAAUAGAAAGGAUGUGGAGAGAUGUGUAUGAACAUACCCUGGACCUCUUCUAUCAGAUCUUCACUUCAUUGGAAGAUCAGGGAACACUGAAUCCAGACAAUGAGGUCCAUCUUUUCGCACUGCACCGGAGCUUCCUUCCACUAAUCCAGCAAAGCCUCGACUCUUUCAGGGAUGCUUGGAACUUUCAUGGUCUUAGAACUGAAAGGAAUCAGUCACCACAGCAACUCUGGAGAAGAUACAGAGAGCAAGGCCCUAUGGAGGAUCCUACUGAGGUUUAUGAAGACUAUGGGAUCGACUGGAACGGACCUCACAGUCUUCAUGGAGGCACUGUGUCAGUCCCCGAGGUUCAGCUGGCCCGUGAGCUCUCGCUGGAAGAGGUUGCCAUUUUGCCAGCUCCAGGAGUUUCUGUAACUGAUGCACUUAGAUCAUAUGUAGAGACUGUGCAAGUUUUAUCAAGAAUCAUAGCAGACUGAUGUCCAACCCAUGCUUUUAUUUAGCAUCUUACAACAAGCGAGCAUAAACUGAAAAAGUUUGCUUUCUUAAAAAAAAAAAAGAAAAACAGCUGUUUUAUUUUGAAGCUCUACCAUAAUCAUUGUUAAGAUCUUGUAAAUGCACUUUAUGCACAGCUCCGCUCAUUUUCUUCCUGUCUCAUUAUUAGCCACAGAAUGAAUAACAUGAAUGCUGUUCUGUUAACACUGAAAGCUGAAGAUGCAGAACUGUUUGGUUUCAGUAAGUGGAAAAAAUAUUUUGAAUAAAACACUGAUCAACUACUGCACAGUAUGUUAAAUGUUUUCAACGACACCGAACUUGCGUCAGUUGACCUGACCUACUGAACAGUGCAUUCAAUGACAUCUGUCUGAAAACUUAAAUAAGUCCAAAUCCAGUCUGUGCACUACUUAUGGCACAGACAAUUGCUUCCUCGAAGUCCACGUAGGUUUUGAAAUGAGCUGGCAGCUUUAGUGUUUCAAAGCAUGUGGAGGACGUAGGAAGGGUUCCCCCAGAGAUCUCCACUUUCAGUUCAGGAGGAAGCUUCUCCCAGCCAACCCAGAAUGUCAGCAGCUGGGCCAGUGUACCUGAUGAAGCUAAAAGUCAUAAAAUGGAUUCAAGACAAUAUUUAGUUAAACUUUAAUUGAUCAUAUCUAUCCAUGAGACAUAGAAGCAUUUGUAAAGAGAGCAAUACAUUUGCCAAAUAAGGUGUUAAUACCUGUUUCAAUGAACAUCCUCAGGAAGCCAGUGAUGCGGCACGUGGACUCUAUGUCAAAGUCUUCAUCAUCACUGUCCUCAGCUGGCCAUGUGAUUUUUUCUAGGAGCAUCUUAGAAAACACAUCAAUGUAAUUAUUUUAAAGGGAGAACUUAUUUUGGUGAAGGAAUAUGCAGAUCACAUUCUUGGUAAAUGGAAAAAUAACCAGCUCAGUCAUUGAAAACAUGUAAAUUCAUUAAGUAAAGUCACAAAUGUAACUAAAUUAAAUGACAUACCUGGGGU